AUGUCGAACAAGCCAGUUUUUGUGGCAACCCAUCCCAGGGCAUGCUCGACCGCCUUUGAGCGUGUCUUCAUGACCCGCCGUAAGAGUCUUCAGACCAUCCAUGAGCCGUUUGGAGACGCCUUCUACUAUGGCCCUGAGCGCAUGAGCUCGCGCUUCGAAGACGACGAAGAAGCCAGACUCAAGUCCGAGUUCGCCGACUCGACUUUCAAGACCAUCCUCGACCGCAUCGACAGAGAAGCUGCUGAGGGCAAGCGCGUCUUCAUCAAGGAUAUCACCUAUUACCUCGUCCCUCCCGGAAAGCAAGAUGCCCGCCUCGCACCAUCGCUUCACAAAGUCAAGCGCGGCGUCGGGACAGAAGAGGAGCUGAAUGCGCAAGGUGGUCUCGGUCUUCAGCGAACCCUCACACCGCGCGAUUCUGGAGUGGAUGUCGGGAAGCCUGCCAGUAAUGGUACGCCCGACAGCCUGUCGAAGGGUGCGCCGUUCCCCUUCGACACAGAGGCCGAGCCGAACAACCCAACCGUUGUGCCUCGGGAGAUCUUGGAGCGCUUCCACUUCACAUUCUUGAUCCGUCACCCUAACCGUGCUAUCCCAAGCUACUACCGCUGUUGCAUCCCACCGCUUGUGGAGAGGACUGGUUUCAACCCUUACAUGCCCAGCGAAGCCGGCUACGAUGAGCUGCGCAGCCUCUUCGACUAUUGCAAGGACACCGGCCUAGUCGGACCCAAGAUCUGCGGACAAGGCGAGAACGCCGUCGAUAAGAAGACCGCUUCCAACAAAGAUAGCGGUGUCCAGAUCUGCGUCAUCGAUGCCGAUGACCUGCUAGAUGACCCGGAAGGCAUCCUAAGGAAGUAUUGCGAGAGUAUCGGGCUCGACUUCCGUCCGGAGAUGUUGACGUGGGAUAAUGAUGCCGAUCAUGAGUUUGCUAAGCAGGAGUUCGAGAAGUGGAAUGGUUUCCACGACGAUGCAAUUCAUUCGAAGGAUCUGAAGCCUAGGGUUCAUAAACACAAGCCCAAGUCUGAUGAGGAGAUGUAUAACGAAUGGGUUGAGAAAUUCGGCAAAGAAGCUGCGGAUAUGAUUCGGAAGUGUGUUGCUGAUAAUGUGGACACCUAUGAGUAUCUCAAGCAGUAUGCCAUCAAAGUCUGA